AUGCUUCGAGUCAAGUCGGAAGGGUCUGAAAAUUUCACCAAUACCCGACAUCAAAUCCGAGGACAUCCGAAGGAAAGUGGAAAGAACGCUCAAGAACCUGGACAACAAUAUCUCAGACAUAGAGAGACCGUCACCGAAGACGACGCUCCUGGUAAAAGUCACGGAGAACCGACGAAAGAAAACGGGAGGGUGGAGAUCCCGGCAAACAAAGCGACAGAUCAGGAGAAAGAAAUCGAUGAUGAUGAAUACUCAGUCCUACUCUACGCCGAACCUGUACCAGAAGAUCGAGAAUCUACAAAUUCGGAAACCCAAAGACAGCGGAACCGAAAACCAGCAGUGGAGGAAAGAGUGCAGCUGAGGAGGAAACAAAAGAAGUAA